CAUAAUUGUAGAUAUCAUGAGAAAAGAUAAUGUAAAAAAGAAACAAAUACACUUCAUCAUAAAACACAUUAACUUUGCAUAUUAUUUUUAUAAAUAGUUGAAUUUUUUUUAUCAAACUUAAUGAGGAUUAUUUUGCAAAUAUGCACUGUCUGAAGACAACCUUCAUAUUUCUAUAUAAAAAUGGGAGAUGUUGAUACGUAUAGUCAACGUUUUAUAACAAUAAUCCUAUUUUGUAUAAAUGUCUUGUAAUCUUAAUUAUAAAAACGACAAAAAUUUCUGUGUUACUCGCGAAUUGAUCGCAAAAUGCAGCUAUUCAAGAGAUUAAUAAUUUUCAUAAAAUUUGUUUCUUAGCUUUUUCAAAUAACAUCAUUUAAAAAUAAUGUGCACGAAUUUAUACUGCAUUUUACAUAUGCAUCUAUGAGCAUAUUACACAUGUUUAUAGCCAACUAUAUCGGACAGAGUAUAAUCGACCACAAUAAUCACGUAUACAUUGCUGCGUACAACGUUCAAUGGUAUAGAACUCCUUUACGUAUUCAGAAAAUGGUAUUAUUCUUGUUGCAAAGAGGAACCCUUCAUUAUUCUUUAAAUAUUGGUGGAUUAUUUGAUGCGUCAAUGGAAGGUUUUGCCACGCUAAUAAAAGCUUCGGUGUCUUAUUUUACUCUCAUGAAUUCUAUACAGUAAGAACAUCAAAAUUAAUUUAUCAUUAUCAUUAAGAUAAAAUUAAUGAAGAAAUUGUAGUAUUCAAGCUUAGAAAAUAAAUAUAUUUUUUGAAUGUA